CGGCAGUCGCGCGGUGCCUCCGUCCGGUUGAGAGCGGAGGCGAAGCGGGAGCGGCCAGUUUUUCUUACGGUGGGGCUGGUGGCGCGGCUCGGCCGCCUUCUAGCUGCCAUGGGCCGCAGGGCGCGGGACCGCCGGCGGCGGCAGCAGCAGCAGCAGCAGCAGCGGCAGGAGCGGGGCGGCGGAGCCGGCGGCGGCGACCAGGCGGGCUGGGCCGGCGGCUACCCCGAGAUCGUGAAGGAGAACGAGCUGUUCGAGCGGUACUACCGGGAGCUGGGUAUCGUACCCGCCGGAGAGUGGGACGCGUUCAUGGCGGCGCUGCGGGAGCCUCUCCCCGCCACGCUGCGCAUCACCGGCUACCGCAGCCACGCCAAAGAGAUUCUCCACUGCUUGAAGGAAAAGUACUUCCGAGAGCUGCAGGACCUGGAGGUGGAUGGCCAAAAAGUCGAGAUGCCGCAGUUGCUGAGCUGGUAUCCUGAAGAGUUAGCCUGGCACACUAACUUGAGUAGAAAAAUCUUACGCAAGUCCCCACAACUGGAAAAAUUGCAUCAAUUUCUGGUUAGCGAGACAGAAUGUGGAAAUAUCAGUCGUCAGGAGGCUGUUAGUAUGAUCCCACCUCUACUGCUUAAUGUUAGCCCUCAUCAUAAAAUUCUAGAUAUGUGUGCUGCUCCUGGAUCUAAGACUGCACAACUCAUUGAAAUGUUGCAUGCAGACAUGAAUGUUCCUUUUCCCAAUGGUUUUGUAAUUGCCAAUGAUGUCGACAACAAGCGCUGCUAUUUGCUGGUUCACCAGGCUAAGAGAUUAAACAGUCCAUGCAUCAUGGUGGUAAAUCAUGAUGCCUCCAGCAUUCCUAACCUGCAAAUAGAUGUUGAUGGAAGAAAAGAGAUCCUUUUCUAUGACAGGAUUUUAUGUGAUGUCCCCUGCAGUGGAGAUGGAACCCUGAGGAAAAACAUUGAUGUGUGGAAGAAGUGGACAACACAAAACAGUUUGCAGCUCCAUGGAUUGCAGUUGAGAAUUGCAACCCGUGGUGCUGAACAACUGGCAGAAGGUGGGAGAAUGGUGUAUUCCACGUGUUCCUUGAAUCCCAUUGAAAAUGAAGCUGUGAUUGCCUCUCUGCUGGAAAAGAGUCAAGGUGCCUUAGAACUUGCUGAUGUCUCUUCUGAGUUACCAGGUUUGAAGAGGAUGCCAGGAAUUACAAAAUGGAAGGUGAUGCUGAAAGAUGGACAGUGGUUUGAGGAGUGGAAAGAUGUGCCUUCAAAUAGACAAACGCAAAUACGUCCUAGUAUGUUUCCAGUGAAAGAUGCAGAGAAGCUAAAGGCAAUGAAUCUGGAGCGCUGUCUUAGGAUAUUGCCACAUCACCAGAACACAGGUGGCUUCUUUGUGGCUGUCUUAAUAAAAAAGUCUCCAAUGCCAUGGAAUAAACGUCUGCCUAAGGUUCAUCAGAAAUUACCACAAAGAACAAGAGAUACUGAAGUGACAGCAGCUAAUUCAGAUAAUGGUUCUGACUGUAUUAUUGAAGAACCAACACUUUCUGAAAAUGAAGAGUCUAAGAAAAUGCAAGAAUUGCAGAAUUUGGACACUGAGCAGAGUAAAAAGGAAGGAGUGUGCGGACCACCACCAUCUAAAAAAAUGAAGUUGUUUGGUUUUAAAGAAGACCCUUUUGUGUUUCUUCCUGAAGAUGAUCCAUUGUUCCUUCCUAUCCAGAGGUUUUAUGCAUUGGACCCAUCAUUUCCCAAGAUGAAUUUGCUCACUCGAACUCAAGAAGGAAAAAAGAGGCAGCUGUACAUGGUUUCUAAGGAGUUAAGGAAUGUGCUUCUGAACAAUAGUGAGAAGAUGAAGGUUAUCAACACAGGGAUAAAAGUCUGGUCUCGCAACAGUGAUGGUGAACAGUUUGGAUGUGCAUUCAGAUUAGCACAAGAGGGAAUUUAUACUCUGUACCCAUUCAUUCAUGCAAGAAUUAUAGAUGUCUGCAUAGAAGAUGUCAAAAUUCUGCUAACCCAGGAAAAUCCAUUCUUAAGUAAAUUUAGCAGUGAAACACAAAAGAAAGUCAAAGAUAUGGCGAUGGGAAGUAUAGUUCUGAAGUACAACCCAGCCCCUGAAAAACCUCAUGAUCUUCAGUGUCCAAUAGUGCUGUGUGGUUGGCAAGGGAAGACCUCACUACGUGCCUUUGUGCCCAAGAAUGAGAGACUUCAUUACCUGAGGAUGAUGGGAGUUGAAGUGUUUAAAGCCAAGAGGAAAGAGGAACUGGAAAACAAAACUGAGGAAGAAGUUCAAGAGAGACUGGAGCAAACUGAGGAAGGAACGGAUGUGGAAGAUAAAGAACUUAAUUUAGUCACAAAAAUGGAAGCAGAAAUAGGUGAAGAGUCUUCUCAGAGUCCUGUGGAAAGCAGUGCUAUGGAAAUAGAAAAUAAAAUUGAGAAUUUAGAUCAAUGUAGUAAAAAUGCCAACACUCAUGUAAGCCAGGGAGGCAAAGACAUGGAUGCAAGUAAUGUGAAAGAGUAGGUUUAUUUCUCUAUUACUAGGCAGCUUCAAUGGGGGCCACAUCCAGACUUUAGCUUUUAGCAUGAAACUGUAUUUUAAAAUUUGGUUGGAAUGGGAUGUUCUUCAUUUAAAGUUUCGCCUAUUUUAUAUUUUAAAUGAAAGCUAUAAAGGUAUUUCUCUUUAAGUGUGUCUUUUUUAACAAUUUUUAACUUUUUAUUGGUAGGUUUGUGUGUGUGUUGCUGGCAACAUACCAGGCACCAGUAAAAUCUAAAGCCCAUAUUUUUAAUGGCACAAUGGUAUGCACAAAUGCACUGCAUGUGUCUAACUGGUCAAAAAUUCAUUCAGAAGAAAAACCUGGGGUUCCAUUCAAAGCAUAGAUUCCAAAAACAUUUUUUCUCCUAUGAUUGUUUACCACCUACCACCCAGUCUAGUUACUAUUGGUAACAGCAUGUUCUUUAAAGGGUAAGAGAAUCAGUGUGAGUAUAUAUAAAAGUACACAUACAGGAUAUCUGACUGACAACCUGGUGAAUGUUUAUUCAAAAGAAAGCGAUGUCCAGCAUCCUGGGAAAAAAAAGCAGAAUGUACUUUACCAUAGACCGAUGUCUGAGGUUCUUCUUCAGAGUGAUUAAUUGCUUGACAGACAGCUAGUAAAUAUUGUUAAGGAGAUCUUCAGGUGUCCCAAGUGUGCCUCAAACACCUGUCUUGAAAAGUGCCUGGGAAGAGUCUGUGACCAUCACUCAAAUCUGCGCUCAUCUGUUCCUCUUUCAGUUCUCCAAAUGGGAAUCAUCUCUAAUUUUUGUAAGAUAAUUUGCUUAUAGCUGAAAUAAUAGUUUUUUUUAAAAAAAAAAGCAUGGUGGUAUAUAUGUUGUAUAGUAGAUGUUUAAAAGAUUAUUUAGGUGUAGAAGGGUGAUUUAUUUAAUCUGACUUUAAAAAAAGUUGGCUACCUCAGAAACUUGGAAUAUAAAUUCUAUCCUUUGUGGCUUAGUUUCAGCAGUACUCUGUACUUUUGUAAAGUUGGUCUGAAAGGAAGAUGACCAGCAGUAAAAGGUAUUGUUCUUCUCUAGGACCCUAGUGAUGCAAAUAUUUGUUAUGCUUAUCAAGCGGAAUUUUACCAUGUGUACAUUUAUUGAAGUCUUAUGUGACUUGGAUCCAUUUGCUGUACCUUGCUACAACAGACUUUUUGAUAUCUGCCCUUGAGCUAUUUCAUCAAAGGGAGAAUUCUUGAGGGACAGACAUAAAAGUGAAAUAAUACCAUGUCCUCUGAUGAGAUACUAGUCUCAUACAGUGAGGAACCAUGGAUAAGACACAUUUUCCUCUUGAGAGUCCAUAAAAUAGGUUAAUAAGUUUGUUCUUUGAGUUGAGAACUGUGAUCGGACAGCUUCUGUUCUGGCAGCUCCUUAGGCUGAAGAGCAGCAUAGCAGAAUUUUCUUUUGAGCACAGAUGUGUGCAAAGUAUAAUUUUUAGUUCUCAAAGUAUAUGAGGAAAAAGAUUUUGCUACUUGAAAUUUCAAGCAUGUCUUCAUAUUUUUGCAUUUAUUCUGGCAUAUUGGGCAUUUAAAAUGGAUGAAGGGUGGAAAGUCCAGUGUCACUUAAAAGUCAUUAUAGUCUGCAGUACUCAGCCCUGAGGAUUAUUUGAAUCCAUCUAAUCUUUAUGCUCUGAUUAUCUCCAUAAAUUAUAAAAACAUCAAGCGUUAAAACCUAUGUGAGAAACUAAAAUUUGUUUUGAAUUAUGCCUGCUGUAUCUGCUGAUGUUCCUGAGCAGCAGCUUCAGCUUCUUUUCAGUCAGUGACUCUGCUAAGCAUACAAGUUUGACAGGUUAAGCUGAGAAGAAUACUUGUUGAUAUAGACAAUCCAGCAGAAACCAAACUAUAAAAUGAACUGUCCUGAAUAGUUUUUUUUUGACUGAGCUUAUGAUUGGCAGAUUAAAUGAGAAUAGGAAGUUUUUAUCUGGGAGUUAAAGAAAAGUAGGUUCUUUGGAUCAUAAACUGACUGAAAUUGGGUAUAACUUAGACUUGUAAUAGAAUAAGAUAAUGUAAUUUUUAAUCUUCUCAGUAGUCCCAUUUUCCUGUAUUAUCUAUGAAAUUUUGCUUUGCUCUUGGCUUUUUGGAGGUGUAUUUUUUUGCUGUCAAGUGCAAGUGGGAGAUUUCAGCUAAGAAACUAGAGGUCUAAUUUUCUUGUGCUGUUCAGCAGUUUCUAUAUCUCCAAGCAAAUCCAGAGAUUGCAGAUUUAUUGUAGUUGGUUUUUUUUAAUACUGCAAGUUUCCUUACACCAAUUGCUCUGUUCCAGUUGAUUCUGUCUUGACAGCCAGAAAGGAAGAUGCACAAAAUUGUGUAGGUAGUGGCUGAAAGCACUGUCCCAGUUUCAUAGGCUGGGAGCCCAAUGAAAUGGGUGUGUUCUGUUUGUCUGUGCUCAGCUCUCUGCUACUGCAGCUCUAAUCCUCAGGUGGCUGAAUCUCUGCCUGGGUGGUUGUUGCAAAUAACUUGAAAAGACAAAAGCAAUAAGCAAUCACAUUAAGCUUGAGCACAAAUUAUGAAGUCUGUCCUCGUAAGCAGUCUCUAUUAAAUUUGUGAGGUUUCUCUAGUUAGCAUUGCUGGUUUUUAGAAACACAGGACUGUAGAUGUUUGCACUGAUGGCAGGGGGUUUUAUAUAUGAUAGAAGGGCAAACAGAAAAAAAUUCAUACAUCUAAAUGAAUAGUCUGAUGAUGUGCUGCUCAGAGAAGUCCUCAGUAAUAACCGCAGGAUCCUUAAGAUCUGUUGAAUGGAAAGCCUAGAAAGCUAAGGAGAGAACAAAGGGAACUCACCACAUGGAAUGCUUUUCUUCAAGAUUUAUCUGAUGUUAGUAACUUGUUACUUUCAGAAUUUUUUUAGAAUUUUCUUACUUUAGUUUGCUGAGAAAUGAAUGUACCAUAGCCCAGUGCCACUGAGGUGAUUUUUCUUAAAGGUCUGAAUCCUAUCAAAAGUCAACAAGGCUUCACAAAGUAUACAGACACCUUAAAAAAUCCUGCCCAUGAAUUUCAAAUUUAGAUUAAACAGUAGAAGAAAGCAAUUCAGCUCAUGUAACAACCCCUUUUUGAAGCUGCGGCGAAGCAAAAUCGGAGCAUUUCUUUCUUCCAGGGGGAAAACUCCAUUCCGGAAAACAAUCGGUGGCAUGAUCAUGCUGCACUGCUGCUGGAGCUGAAUUUGGCACACUCUCUAUGCCCAGGACAAGCCUUGUAAACAAACCCCAACAAAAUGGCACGGAUACAACAGCAGUUCUGUUAUUCCCAACAAAUGUCCUGAUAAAGUUAGCCAGCGUGCCCACAUGUCUUUUCUGCUGGGCUUUACAGCUGGAGCGUAGCAAGGUUGCUCUGCGAGUGUGGUGCCCACAGCCAGCACAGGCUGUGUCGGAGGGACCACAGAGCCUGCAGCAUCAAACACUGGGCUAUGUACCCUGCCCAUACCUUUCUCCCUACAGUGGGAUUUGUCACACCUAUGACACCUUGUACCAAAUACAUGGUUGUAUUUAUUUGUCAUUUCAUUUGAUGCUCCGUAUUUCUUAAACAAACCUGAAUGUUGUUUUUUGACUAAAAUCUGGUUUUCUUCCCAGGGUGUGGCUGCUUCUAUUACAAAUUUAAGUUUCUUCAGCACUCAGUAUUUCUAUUCAGUUAAUAUUUAAGCAAGCUGUUGGCCAUAUAGGUGCUUGCCCAUGUAGCCAAAUUUUUUCUUUAAAUGAUUUAUCCAUGUGCCGUUUUGGCAGGAUGGGUAACUCCAAACCAUCACUUGGGAACAUGCCUGUAUACUCCUGCCUCACCUGAAUACCUCCGUGUAUUUCCUGGUAUUUUGUCUCUCUCACCAUUUUGUGAUUGUCGUCCCAUGAAAUUACUGACUUCUCCCUAGUUUCUCUUUAUCAUUUCACUCAAAUGCUUUCAGGUGUGUUAGUAACAGACUUUUGCCGGUUCUCAAAGGGAAAAUCAUAUGACUGGUGGCCAAAAAAAUUCUUAACAUUUAUGUGAGAAUGCAGUAAAUAUACAAUGAUCCUUACCCAGAAUAUUCUUCCAGACUCCAGAAGUUUCUUAGACCAGAGAUAAUGUCUUUGGGUUUAAUGGUCCUUUUUUUUAUUUGUCCUCUAUAAAUUUGCUCCCUGAGACCAUGUGGUUUUCAGCUCUCAUGACAUCCAAUAGCAGGGACCUCCAAAAUCCUACCUCCUGUUGUGUGAAGUAUUAUUUUAGCACCUAAUGGUUUUGUUCAGUGAUCCCCACUUUUUGCAUUGAAAAUCACAACAAGCAACUGAUUGCUGAGUAGUUUCUUCAGGACAUUUGUGAUUUUAUUGUCUUGUGUCUUAUUCUUUAUCAGUGAUCUUUUUUUCCAAGCUGAAGGGUCCUAGCUAACUUGUUUGUUCCCUGUAUGGAGACCACUCCAGAUCUUUUGUCAUCUUUAUCAAAUGAUCUGAACUUUUCUUAGUUUUUAUGUCCUUUUCCAGAGGGAGUAUCUGCACAUGGUGCUUGGGACGUGGCGUUUGUGUGUGUGCUCACUGUUCUGUCCUCCAGUACAUUGCUUGGUAAUUCUUCAUGCUACUAAAUAUCAAGCUGAGUUUUCACUGGAA